AUGUGUGACGACGAGGUUGCUGCUCUUGUGGUUGACAAUGGAUCCGGAAUGUGCAAAGCCGGAUUUGCCGGAGAUGACGCUCCUCGAGCUGUCUUCCCCUCCAUCGUCGGCCGACCCCGUCAUCAGGGUGUCAUGGUCGGUAUGGGACAGAAGGACUCGUACGUAGGAGACGAGGCUCAGUCCAAGAGAGGUAUCCUCACCCUGAAAUACCCCAUUGAGCACGGUAUCGUCACCAACUGGGAUGAUAUGGAGAAGAUCUGGCACCACACCUUCUACAAUGAGCUUCGUGUUGCCCCAGAAGAGCACCCAGCUGUGCUCUCCCUGUACGCCUCCGGACGUACCACUGGAGUCGUGCUCGACUCUGGAGAUGGUGUCACCCACACUGUCCCCAUCUAUGAGGGUUAUGCCCUUCCCCACGCUAUUCUCCGUCUUGACCUUGCCGGACGUGAUCUUACUGACUACUUGAUGAAGAUCCUCACUGAGCGUGGUUACUCGUUCACAACCACGGCCGAGCGUGAAAUUGUCAGAGAUAUCAAGGUAAAAAAAAUGAGAAGCUCUGCUACGUCCCUCGACUUCGAGCAGGAAAUGGCCACCGCUGCCUCUUCCUCUUCCCUCGAGAAGUCCUACGAACUUCCCGACGGACAAGUCAUCACUGUCGGAAACGAGCGAUUCCGUUGCCCCGAGGCCAUGUUCCAGCCUUCCUUCAUUGGUAUGGAAUCUGCUGGUAUCCAUGAGAACUCGUACAACUCAAUCAUGAAGUGCGAUAUCGAUAUCCGUAAGGACUUGUACGCCAACACUGUCCUGUCCGGCGGUAGCACCAUGUACCCUGGUAUUGCUGAUCGUAUGCAGAAGGAAAUGACCGCCCUCGCCCCAAAAAGUAAAUCCGCCUUCAAAAUUAUUUAA